CGCCCCCACCCCGCCCGCCUAGCCCGCCCGCUCGGCGGCUCGGCUCCGGUGUUCCCCCACCCAUCGGCCACCCCCUCCUCCGGCACCACCACCACCACCACCACCAUGGCUUCCCCUCUGAGGGAGGACGAGGAAGAGGAGGAGGAGAUGGUGGUGUCCGAGCCGGAGGGGGAGGAAGACGAAGAAGAGGAGGAGGAGGAAGAGGAGGAGGAGGAGGAAGAAGACGACGAAGAAGAAGAAGCCGCCGCCGUCGUCGUCAGGAACGACAGCCCGGGCGACAUCUUCCCGCCCGCCGUCGCCGCCUCAGCAGCAGCCGCCGCCGCCGUCGCCUCAGCGCAGGCGGAGGCUGCCCCGCUGACCCCCGCCGCCGCCGCCGCCUCCUCCUCCUCCACGCCGGCCGCCGGAGGGACCCAGGCGCCGCCAGACGACGAAGAGGAGGAUUUGUGCAGCUUAGAGAGUCCCCUCGUCGUCAAGAAGAAGAAACGAGGGCCCAGAAAGCAGAAGGAGAACAAGCCGGGGAAACCCAGGAAGCGCAAAAAAUUAGUCAGCGAGGAUGAGUUUGAGUCCGACCGAGAAGAGUAUCGGGCCAAGUCGGAGAGCGGGGGCAGCGACUAUGGAGGCGUGGGGAAGAAGAAGCGGCGCAAACACCGGGAGAAGAAAGAGAAGAAGACCAAGCGGCGGAAAAAGUCGGAAGAAGACGGAAUGCAAAAGCCAAAGGUGGAGCAGAAGUCCUCAGCCCAGCUGCUCAUGACUUGGGGCCUGGAAGACGUCGAUCAUGUUUUCACCGAGGAAGACUACCACACCUUGACAAACUACAAAGCCUUCAGCCAGUUUAUGAGGCCUCUCAUUGCCAAAAAGAACCCCAAGAUCCCCAUGUCCAAAAUGAUGACCAUUAUGGGAGCCAAGUGGCGGGAAUUCAGUGCCAACAACCCCUUCAAAGGAUCGACGGCAGCUGUGGCUGCUGCAGCCGCGGCUGCCGCGGCCGCCGUAGCAGAACAAGUCUCGGCUGCCGUGUCGGCCGUGAUCCCUUCACCUGAGCCCCAGCACCUGUUGCAGCCCCCGGCUCAGCCGCUUCCCAUCCGCAAAGCCAAAACCAAAGAGGGCAAAGGACCAGGCCACAAGAAGAGGAGCAAAAGCCCUCGCAUCCCCGAGAUGAAGAGGAAGGGGAAGGGGAAGAAGAUGGCGCCCCUGAAGAUCAAGCUAGGCGUGAUCGGCGGGAAGCGCAAAAAGAGCAGCUCACAUCUGUUUCAGAGCGACGAGGUAGCAGAACUGGAAGAAGAAUCCGACCUGGAUAACUCCAGCGUUCACAGUUCUUCCGUGCGUUCGGACAGUUCAGGAAGGGUCAAGAAAGUCAAGCGAGGUCGGCCUGGACGAAAGAAGAAAAAAGUUGCCGGUGAAGAAGAGGCAGACGGCUACGAGACCGACCACCAAGACUAUUGUGAGGUGUGUCAGCAGGGCGGGGAGAUCAUCCUGUGCGACUCCUGUCCCAGAGCUUAUCACCUGGUGUGCCUGGAUCCGGAGCUAGACAAGGCCCCCCAGGGCAAAUGGAGCUGCCCUCACUGCGAGAAAGAAGGGGUGCAGUGGACGAAGGAGGAGGAGGACGAAUACGAAGGCGAGCUGGACGAGAAGGAAGAGGAGGACGACCACAUGGAAUACUGCCGCGUCUGUAAGGACGGCGGGGAGCUCCUGUGCUGUGACGCCUGCAUCUCCUCCUAUCACAUCCACUGCCUCAACCCGCCUCUCCCGGAGAUCCCCAACGGGGAGUGGCUUUGUCCCCGCUGCACGUGCCCCAUGCUAAAAGGCCGGGUCCAGAAGAUUCUCCACUGGCGAUGCGAGCCCCCGACGCCGGUUGCGAUCCCCCUGCCCUCCGACGGCAACCCGGACGACCCGCCCCCAAAGUUGCUCCAGGGACGUUCGGAGCGGGAAUUCUUCGUCAAAUGGGUCGGCCUCUCUUACUGGCAUUGCUCCUGGAUCAAGGAAUUGCAGCUGGAGAUUUUCCACUUAGUGAUGUACAGAAAUUACCAGCGGAAGAACGACAUGGACGAGCCUCCCCCGUUUGACUACGGCUCCGGCGACGAUGACGGGAAAAGCGAGAAAAGGAAGAACAAGGAUCCUCUCUAUGCGGAGAUGGAAGAGAACUACUACCGUUACGGCAUCAAGCCGGACUGGAUGACUAUCCAUCGGGUGAUAAACCACAGCAUUGACAAAAAGGGCAUCUAUCACUACCUGGUGAAGUGGCGGGACCUCUCCUACGACCAGUCUACCUGGGAAGAGGACGAAAUGGCCAUCCCUGAAUACGAGUACCACAAGCAGGCCUACUGGUCACACAGAGAACUAAUUAUGGGGGAAGAUCCUGCCCAGCCUAGGAAGUACAAGAAAAAAAAGAAGGAAUUGGCCUCGGACGACCCGCCGACUUCCCCCACCAACGAUCCCACGGUGAAGUACGAAAGCCAGCCGCGCUUCGUCACGUCGACCGGGGGAACGCUGCACAUGUAUCAGCUGGAAGGCCUGAACUGGCUGCGCUUCUCCUGGGCGCAAAGUACGGACACCAUCCUGGCCGACGAGAUGGGCCUCGGGAAGACCAUCCAGACCAUCGUCUUUCUCUACUCGCUCUACAGGGAGGGCCACACCAAGGGGCCCUUCCUGGUCAGCGCCCCUCUCUCCACCAUCAUCAACUGGGAACGGGAGUUUCAGAUGUGGGCGCCGAAUUUCUACGUGGUGACCUACACGGGAGACAAAGACAGCCGUUCGAUCAUCCGGGAGAACGAGUUUUCCUUCGAGGACAACGCCAUCAAAGGCGGGAAGAAAGCCUUCAAAAUGAAGAGAGAAGCUCAGGUCAAGUUUCACGUCCUCCUGACUUCCUACGAGCUGGUCACCAUUGACCAGGCUGCCUUGGCCUCCAUCCGGUGGGCCUGCCUCGUGGUCGAUGAAGCUCACCGGCUCAAAAAUAACCAGUCCAAGUUUUUCAGGGUGCUCAACGGUUACAAGAUCGACCACAAGCUGCUUCUGACGGGGACGCCGUUACAGAACAACCUGGAGGAGCUCUUCCACCUGCUGAACUUCCUCACACCGGAGAGAUUCAACAACCUGGAAGGAUUCCUGGAGGAAUUUGCGGACAUCUCCAAGGAGGAUCAAAUUAAGAAACUCCAUGACCUCCUGGGUCCUCACAUGUUGCGUCGCCUCAAAGCCGACGUCUUCAAAAACAUGCCGGCCAAGACGGAGCUGAUCGUUCGGGUGGAGCUCAGCCCCAUGCAGAAGAAAUACUAUAAAUACAUCUUGACUCGCAACUUUGAAGCCCUGAACUCCCGCGGCGGCGGAAACCAAGUCUCCUUGCUCAACAUCAUGAUGGACUUGAAGAAAUGCUGCAAUCACCCCUACCUCUUCCCCGUCGCUGCCAUGGAAUCUCCCAAGCUGCCAAGCGGUGCCUAUGAAGGGGGGGCUCUCAUCAAGGCCUCUGGGAAACUGAUGCUUCUGCAGAAGAUGCUGAGGAAACUGAAGGAGCAGGGCCACCGAGUGCUGAUCUUCUCCCAGAUGACCAAAAUGCUGGACCUGCUUGAGGACUUCCUCGACUACGAGGGCUACAAGUAUGAACGGAUAGAUGGUGGCAUUACCGGAGCUUUGCGCCAAGAAGCCAUAGAUAGGGCCUACGUUUCUCUCUUCAUGAGGCACCUCUGCGAACCCGGAGCGGACGGUUCGGAGACGUUUGCCGACGGGGUGCCGAGGGAAGGUCUUUCCAGACAGCAGGUCCUGACACGGAUAGGAGUCAUGUCUCUGGUUAAAAAAAAGGUACAAGAGUUUGAACAUAUUAACGGCCGCUGGAGCAUGCCUGAAUUGAUGCCCGACCCCAGCGCGGACUCCAAAAAGUCUUCCCGAGCCUCGUCCCCCACCAUCAAAACCUCCACCACCACCCCAGAACCCAGCUGCACCAACACGCCCUGCACCUCCAAACCAGCUACUCCAGCCCCCAGUGACAAAGGAGACGGGGCCACCGCGGCCGAAAAGGAGGAGUUGGAGACCAAGGAGGAGAAGUUGGAGAAGGAGACCAAAGGCGAGAAAAUGGAGACCGAGCCUUCCGCGCCCGAACAGCCCCUUUCUGCCACCUUCGCAGGGGAUAAAAUGGAGCUGGAGCCUUCGAAGAAGCCGGAGGACGAGGGCCCGAUGGUGGCCAGGGAAAAGGAGUCGGAAGCUGAACCAGCGGUCAAGGACGAAAAGGAGAAAUUGGAUGCUGACUUGGAGAAGCUGGUGGUAGCGGAGGAAAAAUCCGCGGAGAGUGAUGACAGCAAGGAAAAGACGGAGGGAGAAACUCAGGACCCCAAGAAAGGAGAUGUGAAAUCAGAGCGAGAGACCGCCAAGGAAUCGAAAAUUGGCAGCCUCCGGGACGAGAACCGGAACAACGGGAAGAGGGAAGACCGGACGGAGAAACCCCGGUUUAUGUUCAACAUUGCGGACGGCGGCUUCACAGAACUUCACACCCUCUGGCAGAACGAAGAACGAGCCGCCAUCUCCUCCAGCAAGCUGAACGAAAUUUGGCACCGCCGACAUGACUACUGGUUGCUGGCGGGCAUCGUCCUACACGGCUACGCUCGCUGGCAGGACAUCCAGAACGACAACCAGUUUGCCAUCAUCAACGAGCCUUUUAAAAGCGAAGCCAACAAGGGGAACUUCUUGGAGAUGAAGAACAAGUUCCUGGCCAGAAGGUUUAAGCUCCUGGAACAGGCCUUGGUGAUCGAAGAGCAGCUCCGCCGGGCCGCCUACCUGAACAUGACGCAGGAUCCCAGCCAUCCGGCCAUGGCCCUCAACACCCGCUUUGCCGAGGUGGAGUGUCUGGCCGAGAGCCACCAGCACUUGUCCAAGGAGUCUCUGGCCGGCAACAAGCCCGCCAACGCCGUCCUGCACAAGGUGCUGAACCAGCUGGAGGAGCUGCUCAGCGACAUGAAGGCCGACGUGACUCGCCUGCCGGCUACGCUUUCCCGCAUCCCUCCGAUCGCUGCCCGGCUCCAGAUGUCCGAGCGCAGCAUCCUGAGCCGCUUAGCAAGCAAGGGGAACGAAACUCAGACCGUUCCGGCCUUCCCUCCGGGACCCUACGCCACCCCACCUAGCUUUGGGGUCUCCUUCGGUGCCACCCCUGGCGGGGGCCUGCCCACCUUGGGGGCCAACUACAGCCAAAUGCCAACCGGCUCCUUCAUAACAGCCAACGGGCCCCCCGUGAUUGUGAAGAAGGAGAAGGAAGGCGAAGGCUUGGAGAAGAAAGAAGCCAAAAGCGGGGAGGUGAUUUGCAUAGAUGACUGAGGAGGGGGGCGGAUGGGCACACCUGCCCGCUGGGCCCCCCUUGCCUGCGCCAGCCCGGCCUCUGCCCCAGGGGCCCUCCAAGCCUCUCCUUUUUGAUUUCCGGAUUAUGUGACUGGCUUUGGGGCCUGCCCCGCCUCGGAUUUGAAUUCCUCCUCCCGAGCCCCUCCCCUUCUUCCUGUUGGGGGGAGCAGCGGCUGGCCACACCUAGAAAGCCAUCCCCGGCGGACUUAAGACUGACCAAGAGGUACUCAGGACCGAGCUGGUUUGUAUCCCCGGCUCGCGGUUCCGGGACGGGGACCAACUUAAAAAAGAGCUAGGAUCCAGGCCACGUGGGGCUUGGACAGGGGAGGGGGGGCAGCCUGCUAUUAGGGGGGGUCUCUGCUGUCCCCCUACCCGGUGUUGAAAUUUUCGAGAAGCACUGCAAAGGGACUCUUAUAAAUAUGAAUAUAUAUAUAAUGUAUACACACUCAUGCUGUAUGUUUAAUCCCCUUCCCCCCCCCCCUUUUGGGCCUGUCUCCCCGUGGGACGGGGAGAACGCAGAGACCCUCCUCCCCGACCACGGUCUGUUUGGGGAGCCCCCCUCCCCUACCUCUCCAGCCAGAACUUUGGGGGAGCCUGCCCAGAUAUGCCCCCGCUUUGGGAGGGCAGGCCCGUUUCUCCCCUUCGCCCACCCUCCCCCUGUGAAAGCAAGCCGGUUUUUUGGGGGGGGGAAGAAAUUGGGGGGGGGGAGAGGCCAAGCUGCACUCCACGUCGGGUUGCCGAAUUUCGAGUCACUUCUUGUUUAAAUCUUGCAGAAUAAAGGCACUGUUUCCUUGGCUACAUAAAA